GUGGCGGAGGAAGCGGAAGAACGUUUGGUCCACGCGAUCGCGGAUACGGUGGAUAUCCCGGUGGCUAUGGUGGCAACGGUGCUGGUGGUUAUAAUGGGGAAGGAGCGUUUGGCGGCGAAGAUGGUGGCGCUGGCUGGAACAAGCGCGGUGGAUUCCGCGGUGGAGGGACGCAGAAGAAGCAGGACGGUGGCGGUAAAAACUGAAGCCGCCUGUGUCGUUACUCUCUUAGCCAUGCAGAGAUGCGAUCAGUAUACGUCAUGGCAGAAAUCAUAAUGCUAAUAUAGCUAAAGCAGUCUAUAUACUUCUAUAAUUAAACGAUGGUGUACUUGUACGGUUGUACCUAUGAAUGGUGUAUAUGAUUGUUGCAUGUUCUCUCA